AUACGGCACAUAUAAACGACGGCUUAUUGAUAAAACUUGAUUUGGCGGUUCCGCUGAGGUGAUUCAAAUCAAAUAAGGUAACCAGGAAGUUCAACAUGUCUGAUAUUUCGCAUGAGAAAUUCGCUGAACCGAUGCUCGAAGGCGAGCAAUUUCUCCAGGGAUAUAUUGACACGCUAAAAGAAUUGCUAAGAGAUGGCACAAUCCCCGACUUGAAAGAGAAAAAUGAAUUUCAAGUCUAUUCCAUAAAAGGAAGUGGAUUUGGUUCUCAUAAAUCCAUCGUGUUAUCACCUGACGGAAAGCGCUUCUUUUCUGUCGAGCUUGGCUUCAUAACAGUUGAUGGCGAAAAGCGAAUUUAUCCGGUGACAAGGAAAAUACCAUCAGAUAUCAAAGAUAAGCUUGUUCCUCUCGGUAAAAUCGAGGCAACUUCUGGUGACCUCAUAUCAAAGGCUGUCGCAAUCAUGAAGAAAUUUGGCUCGUAUUUCAAGUGGACCAACAACUGCCACGACUACUGCAACCUCUACUUGGAGGAAAUUGGUCUCAAAAAGGCCCAAACCCUGACUGAUGGAGACAAGGGGAGUAGUAUACAGAGUGGCGGUUCUGGAGCGGGUGGUGCGGGUGGUGCACUUAGCACCACACAUGACGUCAUCGAUUCCUAAAUGUUUUAAUUUAUUCCGGCAUUUUAAUAUAUUUGAGCUUUGCCGUUCAUUGCUAUAGCAAUUUUUCAGGGUAUUUUACUACCAUUUCUUUAUUUACAUGACUACAUCGUUUAGUAAUGUCUGGUUACUUAGUUAUAUUAAACGGUAGGCAAUUUCCCGCCGUAUGUUGUUCUUAUCGUCGUUCGUAUGCCUGUAGUGAUUUAGCGGUCGUUUGUUUACAUACGGCCGCGUUUUAUUUCUAACUGCUCCUCUACCGCUUAUACCGUCUGCUUAUCUGCAAUCGAUGUUUUAUAGAUUUAUAUUUGCUUAUAUUCUGUUUAGAG